AUGUUGUCUCCGGAUGAUCGAUUUGAUCAUACUGAAAAAGCAGCACCAGGUCAACACGAUGAUAAAUGCCUACGGGCUAUCACAGAUCUGACAAUAGGCGAAGAUAAGGAGGCAACCAAUAGGGAUGACACCGUUCCUAAUAAUCGUCCCUUGCACACCUAG